ACCACACUUGCAAAAUUUUGCUCGCUCCCACUCACUCCAGUAACAAUUUGUAUACAUUUGCACAAAUUGUUGAGUACACGAACACACUUAAUAUGUCAAAAUAAACAAUAUUUCCGCUGAUCUCUUGACAAUUCAUUUUCUUGUAUUCCUCAAAUUUGACUAUUUAUAUGAAUUUAUAAAAUUUUUAAAAAUGAUCGAAAUAAAAGCCAGAUUAGUAAGAACGGAUUCAAUUUAUGCAACUGGGGAAUAUGUGGAGUGCUUAAUUGAAUUCAUUCAUAAAAUUCCUUCCGGAAGUGUGGUUAACAAUGAAAUUCUGGAGAGCUUAGCCUGGGCAUCGGUACAAUUGCAUUGUUACCGAAAAACGAACAUCUCCAAUCAGGAUAAAAUGCUUGAAAUGGUGGGCAAAACGGCUUUAGAUGCUGUGACACAAGCUCCCGGUGACGUUGUUGUGGCCACAAAACCAAAAAUUUUAUUUUGCGAUUUAAAACUGCAACCAAAUGAAUCUAAGACAUAUUUUUUCAACGAAUUGGUUCCGAGAGACGGUCCUCCAACAUAUAGAGGACAUGAUAUUAAAUACUUCUAUAAGCUGACAAUAGCUACGCAAAGGGUAAAAUCUAAAGUUCAAACACUCACAGUACCCAUAAGGGUACUACCUAUACCAUUAAUAGCUAGAACCGACGAGCUUCCAAUAACCGAAGAAACCAAUGAUGAAUUGGCACCCACCAAUCCAUUUUUGGAAAAGAAGGAAAUAAGUGAAUUGGAAAUUUCGUGGCAUCAUUUAAAGAAUGUGACUGCAAGGAGAGCCCCAAAAUUUUAUCGAAUUUCAAAUAAGCGUGGAUAUGUUGGACGAUUUUGUCUUUUCAAGCCAGCAUACAAAUUAGGUGAAGAUAUUGUUGGUAGUUUGGACUUUGCCAACUGCAAAGUACGAUGUGUUCAAUUUUCAGUAAAAUUGCAAUUACAAGAGAUUAUGCAAAAUAAUGGGGGCAACAGAUCCUCAAACAAUGAUUUCAAUGAUAAUUCUUCUGUAAAUUCUUUGGACCUGGCAAGUGUCGCAAGCGGUGUAGGAUCGGAAUAUAUGCAUAAGUCCUCUACGUCAGCAUCAUCGAAAGAUAAUGAAGGCAAAACCGAACCUACUGGAAAAGUUACAACACAUGCCAUUAGUCAUCAGGUUAGUUACGCACUUCUGCAGACACAAGUAGUUGUACCUAUUCCAUUGCAUGUAACGCCGAGCUUUCGCACAGAUUCCGUAGAGGUAAAAUGGAGACUUCAUUUUGAAUUUGUAACUAGUGAAAUGAUGGAUUUCGGUACAAAGAAUCCAGAGGUAGGAGAAUUGCUUGCGCCAACUGAAAUACCGGUUGAAACAAUGGUGUGGAAUUUGCCCAUUACUAUAUACCCAGCAAAUCCCUUACAAAUCUAUGCGCCAUCGCAGGCGUAUACAUUGCUUAUAAAAUAGAACCAUGGAAGAGUUUCAUAUACCUAUUUUGAAACUGCAAUAAAUUGUAUUCCAUAUAUAUACUCUUUAAA